AUUCAGGUCAGAAACCUUUGUCAAGGGUUAGUGAAUACUUUCGUUUCGCCUCUACUGCAAAAGCGGUACGGAGCGACCCUUCCUGACCUCGUUUUUUUCCAAGUUCCUCAGGGCAUUCUCACCAAGAGAGUUGGCGAAUCUCACAAAGCCGCUGCUCCCAGCGCGUUUCCCCUUUUUUUGCAGCGCUUCGCGUCGCCUUCCUUUACCUCUUAUCUUCCGCAGUCCUCUCUCCUCCGGUCUGGAGAACAGCACCCUCCCUGUCUUCCUCAGUCCUCCCUCUCUCGGUCUGCCGACAACCCCCGUCCCCUCGGUCUCCCUCGUUCCUCUCGCUUUCCCCCGUGACGGUCGCCUCUUUACAUUUUUCCUUCUCGAGAUGUCGAACUUGGGAGAGAGUGGAAACGCCGUCCUCCAGACGAUUCAGGCGUCUGAGGGCGGCCGGGCUCUGCGGCUGCUCAGACAGCGUCAGGAGAUGCGGGAGCGCAUGCGCGCGGCGAAAGAGAAAAUCGAGUCCAAAGGUCUCAAGCGAAACCUCACGUUCGGCGGCUCUGCUGCAGAUCGUCUAGAGGAACAGUUCAAGAAGGAGACUGUGGGUCUCAUCACCGCGAAGGACUUCAGAGACAAGCGCGCGAAACUCGAGGAGCAAAUCCGCGUCGAGCAGAGGAGUCUCUUUCCCCAGAAGUUCCAGGAAAAGCGUCGACUGGAGAUGCGCCUGGCGCCGAGUAAGUUGUCUUUCGGCGAGGAAGCAGACGAAGUCCUUGUGCAGGUUCUGGAGGAGCGAGACAGACAGUCGAAACGCGAAGAGGUCCUCGCAGCGAGAGAAAAGCUGCGCGCGAGUCCAGCACCCGUGACGGCCGCCAGUGCUCUUGGAGAGAGAGACGCAAAAGGCGAGGAGCGACGCGAGGGUGACAGUUGCGAGAGCGCCGAGCCUGGGGUGUCUAGACUUCUCAGGGCGCAGGUGAAGGCCGGCUGCGCGAGCGACGCCGCUCCCGCAGAAGCAGAGAAAACAGGCAGCGAGGAAGGAGACGCGUCUCUCUUCAGAAGGAGUCGAGUGAAGAUCGAAAGGCAAGACGAAGAGAAGAGCGAGCGAGACGAGUCGACAGAAAGAAGCGACCGAGAGAAACCUGAUGGAAGUCUUUUCAGAAAACGCCGAAUCGGGAAGGACCCGACCAUCGACACAGAUUUCCUGCCGGACGAAGAGAGAGACGCUCAGAUUCUUGCGGAGCGAAAGCGCCUCAUCGAAGAGUAUCAUCGUUUGGAGGACGAGGCCAAGAAGGAGCCUCUCUGGAUCACUUACUCCUUCUGGGAUGGAACGGGGCACCGGCGACGCACUUGCGUGAGGAAAGGAAGUUCGAUUUUGGAGUUCUUGGACCAGGCGCGAAAAGAACUGGAGAAGGAAUUCAUCGAACUUCGAGGGAUCGGAGCGAUCGACUUGAUGUACAUCAAGGAAGACCUCAUUCUCCCUCACAGCUUGACGUUUUACGACUUGAUCAAGACGAAGGCGCGAGGGAAGAGUGGACCUCUCUUCAACUUCAGCGUCCACGAGGACGUCCGAAUGACCAAUGACAGCAGAGUGGAAAAAGAGGAUUCGCAUGCAGGCAAAGUCGUGGAACGCAAAUGGUUCGAGCGCAACAAACAUAUUUUUCCGGCUUCCAGAUGGGAGGUGUUCAAUCCGAACAAGACCUACGAGACCUACACUGUCCACGGCGGCGUGCACAAGUGGAAGGGUGUCUCGAAUAGCGAAAUUCGUGACGCCGUCAUCUGAACGAGAUUCGCCGAGAAGAAGCUGCGGAUUCCUCGCUCCUCUCUCAUCUCUCUCCAGUGCGUGGAGGAGAAAGGCUUGGGAAAAUGCACAGCUCAAGCAAGAGCGACGACGCUUCUGCUUUCCGUUUUUUCGCUGGCGCCGCUCAUCGGUCUUUGCACCGACUCACGUCUCUUCCUCGCGCCCGUGAAGGCGGUCUUUUGAGGGGAACGUCGUGUCAAACAUGCAGGUUGAAAAACCACUUAGGUUGUCUCGAUCGACAUGCCAGAGAUCUGGAGAGAAGGCACCC